ACCAUAGGAAAAACGAGAUAUACAAAAAUUAUCACCAUGUCAGUUAAUACUUAGUUAGGUAACCUUUAGCAUGAACUAUGGCCUUACAACGUCUUCCCAUGGAGUUAGCCAAGUCUUUUAGUUCUGCAGCUGUUAUAAAGUGAAACCAAGAUUGAAUGAUUGCUUCUAUUAACUGGCUUUUAUUGCUAGCUAUAUUUGUCUGUAUCUUUACAUAGAAUACAGAUAAUUGAACAAACCAUGCUGCAUUACAUUCUUGAUUGAAUUAUCUUUCCAUAGAUAUCUAAUUUUAUGGUACUCCAAUAAAAAGGGGUGUUAUUAGCCAUCAAACUUCAAAAAUACACUUUUCCCAAAAGGUUUCCACAAUUUUGGCCACUACUGUAUGCCCCUCCCAUAUAUAUUCUUCUGGGCUUCUUGCAAAAACAGUUGAGCCCCCCCCCCUCCACCAAAAGCUCAACUUGUCAACCCCGUUUAGAGCUGUUGUUAACACACACACACACCCUGUCCUGCAUCAAUGUAUUUCUCCCCUCCCUUCGCAGAUGUGAAGUCCCAAUGGAGCACAUAGAACUCGGAGGGCAGAUACAACCCAUCGGAAUGCCACAACCUUGGGGGAAACUGAUCCGGUUGGGGGUGGAACAAGCGGAGCCCCACGUCUUGCUGCUGAAAAACGAGUGGACCAUUGGCAGGAAAAAAGGUUGCGACUUAUCGUUCCCUGGCAAUAAAUUGGUGUCUGGCUAUCACUGUAAAAUAACAGUGGAUGAAAAAUCCGGUCAGGUUUUGCUACAAGAUACCAGCACUAACGGAACAGUGAUCAAUAAACAGAAGGUGGUGAAGAGACAGACCUGCCCUUUGCAAACCGGGGACGUGAUCUAUGUUGUUUACAGGAAAUACGAUCCAGAAAACAACGUGGCGUACCUGUACGAAUCUUUGCACCCCGAAAAGGAUGGAGCUAAUGAUCCAGGAGAUGGCGCAUGCCGCACAACCAAAUAUACCUCAAGCACCAGAGAAAGCAAUGAUGGGACCUCAACAACAGCAUCGCCGCCGCCAGCUUCUCGGACGAGCUACGAGGAACCGCAGCCAUCCACUUCGACGUCAAACCUCUUUCAAAUCGUUGCUACCUCUCCCGCCGAGUCCACCUCCACUGAGAAGGCGAACCCUUCAAUAGCUGGAUCCCAACAUCAUACCUUAAUUUUUGCACCCGCUUUGCUCAAAUUGGUACCAUCUGGACCAGAGACAUUGCUUCAACUCAGGCAGCCUGUUGUAAAUUCAGAAACUUCUGGUGCUUCUAUGAGGGAUGCAGAGAAAACAGCCAUGUUCCAGCUUUCCGGAAGGGAAGGAAAAGAUUCACCCUACCCCGUUAGGAAGAAAAUCAGAAGAGAUGGUGAAGCCAGCUCUGCCCUUCAGGUGGUCACCCCAGACGGACAUGAAAUGAGACCUGACCCUGGAGAUGUCAAAUCGGCAACCAUGAAGCCCGACAAAAUGGGAGAAAGCCUGAGCUGCAUCAUCUGCCAGGAACUGCUUCAUGACUGUGUCAGUUUGCAGCCCUGUAUGCAUACUUUCUGCGCCGCUUGCUACUCAGGAUGGAUGGAGCGAUCUUCUCUCUGUCCAACAUGCCGUUGUCCCGUGGAACGGAUCUGUAAAAAUCACAUUUUGAACAAUUUGGUCGAAGCAUAUCUCAUCCAACACCCAGAUAAGUGUCGUAGUGAAGAAGAUAUUAGAAGUAUGGAUGCCCGGAACAAAAUCACUCAGGACAUGUUACAGCCGAAGGUUCGAAGGUCCUUUUCAGAUGAAGAAGGGAGUUCAGAAGACCUGCUGGAUCUGUCAGAUGUAGACAGUGAAUCCUCUGAUAUUAGUCAGCCAUAUGUCUUAUGCCGGCAAUGUCCUGGUUUUUGUCGCCAAACUGUCCCACCCCUCACAUUUCCCGAGCAGGAAGGAAAAACAGAACCUGGGCAGAUUCCUGGAGAUUCCCCAUCAACUUCUUCCAACUUCCCAACAGCACUCCAGGAAUAUGUCUGUCCCGCUCAAGGAAGCCACAUCUUCUGCACUUGCUGUUUCCAGCCCAUGCCGGACCGUAGAGCGGACCGGGAGCAUAACCAGAACGUCGCUCCACAGCAGUGUACCAUUUGCCAGCAGUCCUUCUGUCAUCUCUACUGGGGAUGUGCCCGUGUGUCCUGCUUGGGCUGUUUAGCCCCAUUCUGCGAACUCAAUCUUGGUGACAAAUGUUUAGACGGCGUUCUUAAUGGCAAUAAUUACGAAUCAGAUAUUCUAAAGGAUUACUUGCAGUCUAGGGGGUUGACAUGGAAAGACAUGCUGAACGAAAGCCUCUUAGCUCUUCAAAAAGGAACUUUUAUUUUACCAGAUUACCGAAUCACAGGGGAAACGGUGCUCUGUUAUUUUUGCGGCCUACGGACCUUCCGAGAACUCGCUUACCAGUACAGGCAGAUUAUUCCUGCUGCGGAUUUGCCAGCUGCCGUCACAUCUCGUCCCGACUGUUACUGGGGUCGCAACUGUCGCACUCAGGUGAAAGCGCACCAUGCUAUGAAGUUCAAUCACAUCUGCGAACAAACACGGUUCAAAAACUGAGCAGGAUUCCCGGGGCGUUUAACCUCCGUGCUUGUAGAGGAUGGGAAAAUUAAACCCAGAAACACCAACUUUACAGGUUUUUUUGCCUGGUUGUUCCCGCAAAAAAAAAAGGGGGGGGGGGAUUGGCAAUUUUUUUACAUCAGGUACUCUGAUGUGCUAGCGUGCUGGUUUUUUCUUUCCUUACGGUUAUUAUUUUGUCGUUUUCCUGCAUUCUCCUUGCCUUUUUUUUAAAAAAAAUUGCUUUGUUUUGAAAGCCAGAAGGGUGCGGCUGCCCCUGUUUUUCUUCCUGAAUUUGAGCUACUGUAGGAAUCUAAGGACUUGCCGAACGAGGCUGAAUGGUAGAAAUGGAACAAUUCUCAGUGAACGUCAAUGGUGGAAGGAGGCAAGGUCUUAACUGAGAAGGCAACGUGUAGAGCCAAGUACAAGAAGAAAGAAGUGCAUUCUUGGCUCCUUGUUGGGCCAAUUUCUUGGACCAACACAACAUCUUGUGGAAUUUGAUGGGCCUAGACUUCUUGGCUCCUGGGUCAAAAGGUCACAGCUGGAUUGGCCAAAGUUUGUCCAACACUGGCCACUUAAGGACGUAUUUCUCAGCCUGUUGACAUAAGGACUUCAGCUCCCAGACUUCCCCAGCCAGUCAUGUUGGCUGAGGAACUGUGGGAGUUGGGAAUCCACCUGUCUAAAAAAUAGCCAAGGUUUAGAAACACCAACUUUAGGCUGCCUUGUUGUUUCUUGACACACUCCAGGUGUAUUUCUUAAAUGCUGCAGCUGUCCAGCUGUUGCAAUUGACCCAGCCUCCUCAGAUAGGAAAGCUUCGUCCUCGUUUCAUUUUUUUUUCUUCUUCUUCAGUCUUUAUUUUCCUCCUUCCUUAGAUCCUGUCGUUUUCUUUUCCCCCCAUGCUCAAUUCUAGGAUUUACACCGGUGCUCUCUUAAACCGAAUUUCAAUUCAGCCAUUUUUCUUUGGGCUCCACGAGAAAGUUUCCCCCCCUCCCCAGGAAAUCCCUUUUUCUUAGCAGUUGAGAGUUAUGCUUCAAAAACAACUAUGCAUUUUCCCCUUCUUCGUGGUCCAAUUCCACUAGAAAUGCUUUUUUUUUUUUUUUUAAUCCCCUGAUGAUAAAGAAGUCUUCACGAUGGGAAUUUGGCAUAAUCCAACUUGAAGAUUUUUCAGUACAGUUGCUGGGUGGAGGUCAUUAAUAUUGCCAGCUUUUAUCCUGAUCUCCCAAGGGCUAUUCCUAAAUUGGGCUUUUUUGGUCUCCCUAAAAUGGAGCCGCACCAUUCAUUUUGCAGGAGGUUAGGCAGGGAAGUUUGUCUCUGCAUAAUAUCCUUUUAAAAAAAAAUAUGUCAGAGCGACCUCUCUCCUAACUUAAUGUUUUUUUUAAAAAAGCUAUCCUCUGACCCAUCAACAAGACCAACUAGGAAUAACGGAUAAUUUGCAUAAACAGAAUGGCUUUUGAAAUAAUUUAGUGCUGGCAUAACAUUUCUGUUGAUUCCACAGUUGGGCACAUUUUAAGACGAGACAGAGGCCAACGUAGCCCCUUAGGAAGACUGGAUAAAGAUAGCUGAGCCUUCCCCCCCCUCCUCUUCUUACAACUUGCAAAGUUGCUUAAAUUCAGCCAUAACUGUAUCCCAAAUGGAUCUUUUCCAACUAAAGCUUUCAGAUGUGUUGGAAUUCGCACCUACCGGAAUCCUGAUGGCUAAUUGAUUUGUUAGCUGCAAUCUCAAAAACUUACCGAAGGCAUCCGAUUGGGGGAGGCUACACCGAAGCCCGUUUUGGGGCAGUCUUCCCAUGGUUUAAAACAUUUUGGCAUUUCUGUGCUAGUUCUGUAGCCAGGAUUUCUUGUCUUCCUUUAUAGCUAUGUUUCUCAACCGUGGCCACUUUUAAGAUGGGUGGACUUCAACUCCCAGAGUUGGAGCUCCCAAGCUGGCUGGGGGAUUCUGGGAAUCGAAGUCCACUGAAUCUUAACAGUUGCAGGAGAAACACAACUUUAUAGUCAUAGUGGCCUCAUUCCAAUCCACUUAAAUGAUGGGCCUUUUUUCCCCCUCCCUCUGUUCUCAAAUUCAAGGGGACUUAACAGAAUAACGUGCUGGACACAAUGAUUGAACGUUGACCUUAUAUUUUUAUGCACUGAAACAGUUGAUCUUUUCAGACCUGGGUCUUGAAGAGCUAAGGUGGGGGGUGGUCUGAAGAGAAAGCCACAGGCCCUCCAGAAUUCAAUGCCCUUUAUGUUAAAAAGAUGGUAAGGAUUGGUUCGUUUUCUAUCUGCAGACUUCUUUCACUCCACUUUUAAAAAUAUAGAGAGAGAGCUUUCAAGAUUAUCCUGUACAAACAGGGCUCUCCAAAAUUGGAAACUUUUAAGACUUGGUGGCUUUUGACUUUUCCCCAUGCUGGGGGAUUCUGGACAUUUGAAGUCCACAAUUCUUAAAAAGUUGCCACGUUUUGGAGACCUUUGUUGUCUUAUCACGAGCCUGUUUCACUAAAAAGCCACGUGAAGGCUUCAAGGAGCCGUGGCUCCUUGAAUUUGCAAACCCAGGUUAAGUGGACGGCUGGACAUGCUGCGUGGCUUCCACGCCCGGCUGCAGGAAAAUUAUAAAGAAUUGAGGGACCUUUGCAUGUCACUCUUGCUGCAACAGGUGUGUUUUCCCGUCUCAGGGAAUGGAGAAAACAAAGGGGACUGCAAAACCGCACAGAGCCAAGUCAGUUUCUCCCCAGGUUAGCUUCUGGCUAGUCCAGGUGAGGUUCCCGGGGGAGGGGGGGAGACUUCUCCUCUUCCAAAAUUGAAAGAAAAGGAGAGAGAAGAAAAUUUGGUUGUCUUCUCUCCAUGGACGUGACCCCUCCACUGCCAUGGCUCUUCGUAGCCAACCAAAAUGUAAAUAAGAAUUAAAAACAGCAGUUUGCUUUCCACCCCUCCUCCCCCCCCCCCCCCCCGCUAAAUUUACCCCUUUCCUCCUUCAUUCCAAUCAUACAAGUGUCUUCCAGGGGAUUUAGAGGAUUCACCCCCCCACACUUAAGAUGGGCGGCUGGGACUUUAAAAAAAAGUUUUGUUAUCUGCUCUUAAGAAGAAAUGUUUUCAGCUUUUGUUUCCUUUGUACGUGAGCUGGUGGCUGGGAAACUGCGGGGGGGGGGGGAGAAAAGAAUUCCGAUAACUGUUGGGCUUUGGGGUUUAUGAUUUAUCUUUGGAAAAAUAUUAAAAUGCACAAUGUUGGA